UCGGGAGUAGAAAGUGAAGAUCGAGGGGGAAAAAAUCAGAGCUGUUCCGUGUUUUCUUUAGAAGGCGAGCCAUAGAGAAAUAUACAAGAAUCCGUUGUAUUACCUUUCGAGGCCGGAUAUGCCAGGUUAUUCGUAUCAAACAAGACCAUAAAACGGAACUGUUCAUGCGAAUACAAGUAACAUAUAAACCUUACAAGAAAAACCACCGAGGAGAUCGAAAGGGGGGUUGUCAUGGCUCAGUAAACGGAUGCAACAAUAUGCGGAUGGUUUUCACAGCAUCUGGUACAAAAUCUCGCUUCACAAGGCUGCUUCUUAAAGGAUAGACAGGAGACGCCAAACGUCGAGUCACUGGAUAAAGAACACCUUAAUUGAAAGAUCACUUUCAUGUUUGGCUAUUACCACAUGUUAAAUGGAUACCGAAUGGGUAAAUAAUGAAGCUUAUUAUUUUAAAGCAUUCGACCAUUUUAAUGGCUUUAGCAAUAGCCGUCAUCUAAAGAUAGCGCCUCUACAAAAUAUAAAUGUGGCCGAACAAUUUAACACCAAAAAUAAGGCAACAAACUCAUCCAUUUAUGUUGUGAAGGAGAGCGAGCAACGUGGAAUUAUGAUUUCGGUAUACUGUAGGGUUGGUCGAUAGUAUAGAACAAAUUUUAUUAUUUUAAAUUGAUAGUCAUUAUUUGGUGUCAUUUUUUAAUUCAUUUGACAAGUUCUAUGUUUCUGCUCUUUUUCAUAGAGCGCAACAUGUAGCCUAUUUCCUGUGCAAGCCGUAAAAUCAGAACUCCCGCAUAGUGUUCCGGGGAUGAGGACGGAAGCGCAGUAUUCUCAAGAGGAAUAUUGGUAGAGAACGACUGAUACAUUGCUUUUAAUAAUAUCAGUCUGCCAAAUGCAAAGAAACAAUUGUAAGCCUACUCGGCAGGGUUCCACACAAGGUUGUCUACAGUUCCCAAUCACUUGCUUAAAAAUCACAGGGGCCUAACUGAAUAUCUAGGCCCCUUUUAGUCUUAACUAUAACGUGGAUUGCUAGUCAGGUGUUAUGUGAAGCGGCCACAAUUCUUGAUCUAAAGGCAUCUCGUACGUAUUCUUGACUUGUAUGACUUUCCAACAUGGAAACCACAUGUGGGUGAUGCUGGCAAAGCCAAUACUAGUAAUAUGGAGAGAAGGGGGAAUAUGUAAACAAACCUUUGUGUUAGAAUAGGAACAAAGCUACUUUUAGCCCCAUAGUAGUUGAGAGGUUUCCAUUGGCUCACUUGGUCCAAUUGACCAUUUAAAUCAUUAAAUUAGUGAGCAAAGCCUAAGUCAACUGGCACACUGUCUAAGGUGCUGGACUGACAAACAUGUAAGCAAAUGUGCAGGGCCUGACAAUCAAGCCACUACUUGUGAUUUUCAAGGAUAUUUUUGACACCUCAGGGUUAAGGAUAUGAUAAACUUUUACAUGUAUACACAAAUAAAAGGGAUGAGAGAGCAAAAUGUAGGACCACAUUUGAAUGUUGUAACAGUACCUUGAGUAAUUGUAAACCACCUGAAGUAAUCCAAACAGAUUUCCACUUUUUUCAACAACGAGAAAGAUACAAAACCUUGUCCGAAUUUACCAUGCCUCGCAACCGGGCCUUCUCAGAGCCGGAGUAUUCGGCAGAGUAUUCUGCAGACUGCUCGGUGACCCUACCGUCGGACCCGGGCCAAGCUGUGGGUCGCACACACGAGGUGACGGUUCGAAGCCAAGGAUGCUGCCUCUGUCUCCCACGCUUCAUGCGCCUCACCUUUGCACCUGAGUCACUGGAAAACCUUUAUCAGACAUAUUUCCGGCGACAGCGGCACGAAACCCUGCUGGUCCUGGUUGUGUUUGCUGCCCUGUUUGACUGCUACAUCAUCGUCAUGUGUGCUGUGGUGUACACCGGGGACAAGUUGGCCUCUGUGGUAGUGGCUUCCGUGGGCCUAGCAUCAGACAUCCUACUCUAUGUGUUGUGCCGCUACGGUCUGCUACCGGACCGCAUCUCACGGCGCGUGGUGCCCUACGCCCUGUGGGUGCUCAUAGCGGCCCAGAUCUUUUGCUACCUGGGCCUGAGCUAUGCCCGCUUCCACCAGGCCAGCGACACGGUGGGCUGGCAGGCCUUCUUCAGUUUCUCCUUCUUCCUGACACUGCCCCUGCGGCUAACUCCAAUCGUGUUGAUCACAGCAGUGUCAUGCGGGGUCCACACCCUGGUGCUUGGGGUCACCAUAGCUCAACAGCAGCAGGAGGACAUCCAGGGGGCUGCCCUUGGGAGACAGCUGCUGGCCAACAUCGUGAUCUAUGUGUGUGCCAUCACUGUGGGGGUCAUGUCCUACUACAUGGCUGACCGGAAACACCGUAAGGCCUUCCUGGAAGCGCGGCAGUCCCUGGAGGUCAAACUGAAUCUGGAGGAACAGAGCCAGCAACAGGAGCGCCUAUUGCUGUCUAUCCUUCCCAAGCACAUAGCAGAUGAGAUGUUGCAGGACAUGAAGAAAAAAGAAGCAAGUCAGACUGGACAGAAGGAGAUGCAGCAGUUUAACACCAUGUAUAUGUACCGUCACGAAAACGUCAGUAUUUUGUUUGCAGACAUUGUGGGAUUCACCCAGCUGUCAUCUUCAUGCAGUGCCCAUGAGCUGGUCAAGCUCCUCAAUGAACUGUUUGCCCGUUUUGACAAGCUGGCUGCUAAAUACCACCAGCUGAGAAUAAAGAUCUUGGGGGACUGCUACUAUUGCAUCUGUGGCCUGCCAGAAUACAGGGAGGACCAUGCUGCCUGCUCCAUCAUGAUGGGCCUGGCCAUGGUGGAGGCCAUCUCGUAUGUGCGGGAGAAAACCGGGACCGAUGUGGACAUGCGGGUUGGGGUACACACCGGCACCGUUCUGGGUGGGGUGCUCGGGCAGAAGCGUUGGCAGUAUGAUGUUUGGUCAACCGACGUCACAGUCGCCAACAAGAUGGAGGCUGGAGGGAUACCUGGGCGUGUACACAUCUCACAGGCCACCAUGGAGUGUCUGCAUGGGGAGUUUGACAUGGAGCCUGGGAACGGGGGCGACCGCUGUGAGUACCUCAAGGAGAGGGGCAUCGACUCUUACCUGGUGGUAGUGCCGAAAGGUCCCCUGGCAAAGAGUGGCAUCAACGGGGUGAAGCUGUCCGUGACAUCAUCCAAUGGGAACUCUCCACUGUUAAUCAACACCACUGAUUGCAAUGGGAGUGUCCACACAGCCUGCACCACACCAGAAGAACCUGAGGAAUUGGACACACGGGUAGUGAACCCUUCGUUUCCCAACCCACGACGGAGGCUGAGAUUGCGGGACCUGGCUGAACGGGUGAUUGACGCUCAGGAAAAUGAACAGGAGCUCAACAAACUGCUCAAUGAGGCACUGCUGGAGAGAGAGACUGUACAAGCUUUGAAGGGUAAACACACCAACCGUCUGUCCUUGCGCUUUGUGGACCCUGACCUGGAGACCCGUUACUCUGUAGAGAAGGAGAAGCAGAGCGGGGCUGCCUUCAGCUGCUGCUGUGUGGUGCUCCUGUUCACUGCUGCCAUGGAGGCCCUCAUAGACCCCUUGGUGAUCGCAAACUACGUGACCCUAGCAGUGGGAGAGAUCCUGCUGCUUGUCCUCACCGUCUGCUCUCUGGCAGCCAUUUUCCCUCGAGUUUUUCCAAAGAGGCUGGUGUCUUUCUCCACAUGGAUUGACCACACUCGCUGGGCCCGGAACACAUGGGCUAUGGCAGCCAUUAUCAUUCUCACCAUGGCUGAUAUUGUGGACAUGCUAAGCUGUCUGCCACCACCAGGUCCCUCGGACAACACCACAAUGAGCCCUCCUGCCUUCUUGCUUGUUCAAUCUGGGCAAGAGGGCUGCUUGGAAAACCCGAAGUACUAUAGCUACAUUGCCGUGCUGGCGCUCAUGGCGACCACCAUGUUGGUGCAGGUCAGCCACAUGGUCAAAGUCACGCUCAUGCUCCUAAUCACCAUUGCGACGGGUAUUGUCAACAUUUACAGCUGGAGGGACAUCUUUGACCGCUACGAUAUUGCCCGCUUCCAGGACUACAGGUCUUACCUGGUUCCCUCCAAAUAUGCCAUGACUCUAAUGAUCUUCAUAAUGAUGAUCAGCUUCUACUAUUUUUCCCGACACGUUGAGAAGCUAGCACGUACUUUGUUCCUUUGGAAGAUUGAAGUCCAUGACCAGAAGGAGAAGGUGUAUGAGAUGAGGCGCUGGAAUGAGGCACUGGUCACCAACAUGCUGCCAGAGCAUGUAGCACGGCAUUUCCUGGGCUCCAAGAAAAGAGAUGAGGAAUUGUACAGCCAGUCGUAUGAUGAAAUCGGUGUGAUGUUUGCCUCCAUCCCCAACUUCUCUGACUUCUACACAGAGGAGAGCAUUAACAAUGGGGGGAUCGAGUGCCUCAGGUUCCUCAAUGAAAUCAUCUCAGAUUUUGACAGCCUCCUGGAUGAGUCUCAGUUCCGCUGCAUCACCAAGAUUAAGACCAUCGGCAGCACCUACAUGGCAGCGUCAGGGGUAACCCCUGAUGUCAGCAAUGGCUACGCUUGCCUGAAGAAAGAGGAGCUUUCUGACCGAGAGCGCUGGCAGCAUUUGGCAGAUCUGGCUGACUUUGCUCUGGCAAUGAAGGUCACGCUCAUGAACAUUAACUACCAGUCCUUCAACAACUUUAUGCUACGCAUAGGUUUGAAUAAAGGAGGUGUGCUGGCAGGGGUGAUUGGUGCCCGGAAGCCUCACUAUGACAUCUGGGGAAACACUGUGAAUGUAGCAAGUCGCAUGGAGUCUACUGGGGUCAUGGGUAAUAUCCAGGUGGUGGAGGAUUGCUACAACAUCUUGAAGGAGUACGGCUUCCGUUUUGUGAGGAGGGGACCCAUCUUUGUGAAGGGGAAAGGAGAGCUUCUCACCUACUUUCUGAAAGGUCGAGAAAAACAGGGUUCCUUCAUCAACGGUUCUUCGGUCACCCUGCCACACCAAGUGGUGGACAGCUCCUGACCUGCGUGUAAAACAAACACACAACAUACAUUCUAAUGUUAAAGUGAGAUCUGAAAUAAUGCUUGUACCACACAAUCAUUCAGACUUGCAGAGAAUGGAAGGGCAGAUGAUAUUUCAUCUUAUAAAGACAGGGUUUGCCAGUCUACCCUGCCUGUUAAUUUUUUUUAUUGUGAACUCCAAAGCCACUCAAAAUAGUUACCAGCUACUUGCACUACAUACCAUACUAAUUUAUAGUCACGCACAUUUAUUCAGUUGAAUGAACACGUGUAAUGACACUCAACUUAGGAGAAACACACAUUCACGUAUCCAUUACAAUGCCAUUUGCAAAACACUCAGAUGCCCCAUGGCUGUCAGACUAAAUGUGUCAUUUUUAAUACUUACCCCCUUUUACAAAAUACUUUGGAUUGGUUCAUGCUGAGUAUCUCUAAACUGCUUUGGGGUGAUGACCUAAAAUGGAAUUGUUUUUGAAGGUUAAUGCAUGUGUACCUGUAAAAAAUGUCUCCUUUGCCAUUAUCUCUUUGUUUGCCAUGAACUUGGAAAAUCUGCUUUCUAAGUUCUCUGCUAUUCUCCGAGCCUGGACUUGGGCACACAUCCCUUCUUUGCAACUGGGGUAAAUUUGGCAUUGGAUGUCUAACCCAGGCGCUUGGAUGUGCAUCUGGAGAUGGGUCACAGGUUUUUAAUGUUUCUGUAUUAUUAUUUUUUCAAAGGUAUUGCAGGUGUAUGCGUGAGUUCAUAUUUUGUCAAGAAAGAGUAAUUCAUGUUGGAUGGACCAUUGAAAGUAUUAUAGAAUUGGAUUGUUUUUAGAAACCAGAUAUUUUAAUAGCUGACAUCUGUGGCGAUAUGGGGUAUUCCGGAAAGUAAAAUGCAGGAUUUGUCUGAAUGUAUGUCAGGUAGAUUCAAUAUGUAGACAGUAUUGCAGGAGCGGGUGUAUUUCUUUUGCUCAGAUUGUAUCCCCAUCAGUGUCUAUUAUUUCAGAUUUAAUGAAAGUGCAAUAGUUUAUUCUUCUACAAUCCUGUCCUCUUUCCCCUUACAUAAAGUUAAACAUUCCUGGCCCUUUAAUUCAUAUUUUUAUAAAUGUGUACGUUUCAUUCAUACUGAGAUUCUAUUUAAAGUGAAGGAAUAAAGGAAUAAUGAGUCUAAGUUGUAAAUACAGUUUACUGUGCAUUAAAUUAAUUUAUUGCAGAUGUCAAGGACAGAUUUCCUUUUUUUAAACCAAUGUAAAAGUGCCAAUGUUGAAGGAAUGGUUUUGGCCCCAGUACAUGGGGUCAAAAUGCAGGUCUGUUUAUCGAUUUGUGUUUUAGAAAACCUCAGGCUUGGGAAAGAAUGGCACUUUGAAUGGUCUUUAAACUGUGUGUGAGUUUAAUAAUUUCUUUAAUGUAUUUCAUUUCAAUUAUUUGUCAUUUUCAGGUGGAUUGAUUAAAAAAAACUAUUAAACCAUG